CGGAAGCAGGAACUGGGAAAUAAUUGCCAUGCAGGAAGCGGCAGGUGUGGGUGUCAUGUGGAUCGAGGUGUAGUUAGAGGGUGCUGAGAGAAAAGGGAGCAUUCAGUUUCUUCACACUCGCCCUGCUUAACCCUCGCUGCUCGCCGCUUCCACCCGUAAGAGGCCUGUGCCCAGUGUAUCGCCAUUAAGUCAGUCUCUCUUCACCUCCAUCGCGGCGCCACGAUGAGCCGACCUGGGGGAGGGCGGCGUGAGAAGCGAUGGUGGGAGUUAGUGUGUCCCUGCUGCCCCUGCUUGUGUCCUCAGCAGGGAGAGCAGUACUCCAACGUGUCGCCCUUCAGAAGAGAGAAACUCCUCUUUGAAUUCAACACUUUCUUUGAUGUGAACCGCGAUGGGCUGCUGGAGAAGAGGGACUUUGAGACGGCGGGGGAGCGGCUGUGCAAGAGGGGCGGCUGGCUCCCUGAGGACCCGCGAGCCGUGAGAGUGAGCCAGCUGAUGACGAACCUGUGGUUGGCUCUCAGGAAACACGCAGACCGGAACCACGACGAGAAGGUGACGCGGCUCGAAUGGGUGAAGCUAUGGGAGGAGGUGGAUCACAGGUGGAGCGCGGUGGGGCCCAGAGAGAACACCCAUCUGAAGGAGGUGGUGGAGGAGGAGCCUAAGAGAUCCCCGGAGUGGCUGAGGGAAUACUUCAACUACAAAUUCAUGCUGCUGGAUGUGGCAGGUGACGGAGUGCUGGACGAGGAGGAGUUCGUGUACAUCAUGUCACAGCACGGCGCCUCGGAGACCGACGCUAAGAAUGCCUGGUUCCUCAUGUGCAAGGGCCGCCGCGUGCUGGACCAGGGGGCGUUUGAGCAGCUGUGUGAAGAGUUCUUUCUGAGUGAUGACCCCACCUCCGCCGGCACCUACCUCGGGGCCCGCCUGUACUUCCUCCCCGGCGAGCAGCGAGACACGGUGCCCUAGCUGAAACACGGUGGUCACUUCCCUUGAUCGCCUCACUUCAUAAUUCUUCUCGUUUAUCCUUCUCUCUCUCUCUCUCUCUCUCUCUCUCUCUCUCUCUCUCUCUCUCUCUCUCUCUCUCUCUCUCUC